CUUCGCUCCACUCACACCCGGCCACCUCGCACCCGCUCUCUCGCCGGCUGGUGCUUCAUCUCCGCGUACAGCGCCUCGCGCGCCGCACCUCACAGCGCUCGGGCCGGCGUCUGCCUGUCUCAGUACUGGACAGCUCCCUCGCACGCGCCGAGAGCCGCCAUGGCCUCGACGGCGCGGCACGACGAGCGCUCGGGCGCAGAGGCGCCGCUGCUGCCGCAGCGCGACAGGAUGGUGCACAGCGAGGCCUCGCACGAUGCCUCGGACAGCGAGAGCAGCCUCACUGCCGAGCUCGCCGACGAGCAGCGUGCGCCGCUGCAGCUCAACGAGAAGCUUUGGGUCACUGGCACGCUCUCCUUGAUCCUGUUUCUGAUCCUCAGCGGCCAGAUCAUCCUCGUGCUCUAUCAGCGCGACACGCCGACGAUGUCGCUCGGCACGCUGCUGCUCGUGCUCGGGCCGUUCAAUGUGCUCUCGCUGCACCUGCUCGCCAACUACUACCUCUCCGCGCUGCGCUCGCCGGGCCGUGUGCCGCCGCGCUGGGUGCCGGCCAUCCCGGAUACGCCGGCGUUCCAGGUCGGCGCCCCGACGACGCAGCGCCCCGUCGAGGUCAAGAAGAGCGGCGCGCCACGCUGGUGCAAGGUGUGCCGCGCACCCAAGCCGCCGCGUGCGCACCACUGCAAGGCGUGCCAGCGCUGCACGCUGCGCAUGGACCACCACUGCCCGUGGAUCGCCAACUGUGUGGGGCAUCGUAACUACUCGGCCUUCCUGCGCUUCCUCGCGGCCGUCGAUGUGACGUGCACCUACCACCUCGUCAUGGUCAGCGCGCGCGUGGCCGACUACUGGGGCGACGGCGAGUGGCGGCCGCCAACGACGCCCGUGAUGGUGCUCAUGGUCGUCAACUACGCGCUGUGCAUUCCGGUGCUCCUCCUCGUGGGCAUGUUCAGCCUCUACCACUUCUACUGCGCCAUGUGCAACUCGACGACCAUCGAGGGCUGGGAGAAGGACCGCGUGGCCACCAUGGUGCGGCGCGGGCGCGUGCGCGAGAUCCAGUACCCCUACGACCUGGGCGCCUGGCGCAACCUGCAGGCGGCGCUGGGCCGCAACCCGCUGCUCUGGUGCUGGCCCGCCACGACGCCCGGCGACGGCCUGCACUACCCGCUGCGCGAGGGUGCAGGUGAGUUUGGCGGCAGCGCGGCAGAUCGCGAGUGGGAGGAGCACGGCUGGCAGUGGGACGUGCGACACCUCGAGACGAUGCGCAGGUGGGCAGAGAGCAGCACCGCGCCGACCGCGCAGGAGAAUGAGGAGUGGGGCGAGGGCAGCGCUCGCCCACGCCGUCUCGGCAUCGGCGGCAGUGCCUGGGAUGCAUUGACGCGGGUGCAGGGUUCCAGGCGCAAGCACUCGGAGGAGCUGCAGCGUCUGGUAUGAGCCGGCAUGUGUAUGACUCUGGUCUGGAGGGCCGCCGCGCGCGGCGUGCCGCUCUCUAAGGGCACGCUCGGCGACUACCGUGAUGCAUUCGC